UUAGCCAAUCGAAUAAAAUGGCGACUGGUGAGUUUGACUUCGAGCUUCAGCGAAUGAAAUACUAUACGACUGUUUUUGAUUUGUCGUUUUCUCCAUGUGGCGCUUAUCUGGCUGCUGUCGAUAACUUUGGACGCAUAUCUGUUUUUAGUUUGAGGUGUGCGCUUGCGCAAUCUGCAACUUCUAGGAGCAGAACUCCAAUGGGCAAAAUUAAAGUGUGUGAAAGUUCUCUCUACUCUCUGUUGACCGUGAAAAAUUUUCUGCUAUGUGGUGGUUCUAAUGGCAUUACAGCGUGGAAAUGGUCUGAUGUUAUUGGACGAGCCAAGGAAGGGCAAAGCGAAUGUCAGUGGUCGGCUGAGCUCGUAGCUAAGAAUGGUGGUCCAGCACCUGAAGUGAACAGUAUGUUUUACUUUGAAUCGAGCUCUGAUGUGUGUGUCGGUUGUGGUGAUGGAACAAUUCGAAUUUAUGAUCUCGAUGCCGGCUUGGAAAAGGGUUUGUUGAUCGGUCAUAAAGACAUGGUGUUGUCGGUGACUGGCAAUGGGUCAAUGCAUCAACUGAUUUCUGGUUCUGAAGACGGCACUGUACGACUGUGGGAUUUACGAACGAAUAGUGAAACUGGUUCUGUGAGACCUGCCGAACAGACGUCACUUACACAGCCAAGUAUGGGUCCGUGGAUCAGUUGCGUUGCAACGGGUGAAGAUGGCAGGUGGAUGGCAUGUGGGGGUGGACCGAUGGCAUCAUUGUGGUACUUGAGGUCCUUAUCAUUGGCAGCUCCUUUGGAAGUAAUCGGCUCCACAACACAUCAUGUGCAGUUUUAUGAAGAUCAGGUGAUGUCGGCUGGAAGUGGUGGAUGUAUCCAUCAUUGGUCUCUCAAUGGAACAUCUAAGUCGCAUAUUCCUUCAUCAGUAGGAACCGUGUACAGUGUUGCUAUCAAUAGCAAAUCAGUAAAGGCUAAUGUUUUGGCUGCUGCGGGAAGUUCACCAAAUAUAGACAUCUACACGAACAUAAAUUACCGAGCCUUUUCAUUGACUGUAGAGUAGGUACCAACAUGUUCGUUGGCUUUUACUCGUACAGUAACUGGUUGCUUGGCUUACGUUGCUCUGACAAGUAAGUUGAUCUUGCUUUGUUGUAACAAUAGUGACAUAGUUGCUUAAGUUAAUUAAAGAUCACUGCACUAA